AUGUGCUCGCACUAUCCGGAGGCUCAGGUAUCAGUGCGCACAGUGUGUUGUCGAAAGUUCUUUGAUUGCCCGGCAUGCCACGAGGCGAGCGAAGACCACGCCUUGAAAAAGACCGUGGACAUGGCCCUAAUCUGCAAAAAGUGUCGCAAGGCCUUCCGGAAAGAUCUGCGCGAUUUCGACCCGGAAACAGACUCGUAUUGCCCGCAUUGCGACAAUCAUUUUGUGUUUACGUCGGCGCAGCCCGCGGCCGUCGCUCCGUCCGCAGCCAUGCAGAACCUGGACGCCCGGAUGAUCAGGGACAACGACGUCGACGACGAGCUCCUGGGAUUUGCGCCCGAUCUGUCGAAAAAGUUGGGAUGA